GCGUAUGCGUCGGGUUUCACGGAGGCCGUGGGCUUUUCGGGCUCACCGGGAGGGUGUGGCCGGGAUGCUGCUGUCCUGGCGGGUGUGCACGCCCCCGGUCGGAGAGGUCCGUCCCUUUCUGGCUGCUGCGAACGCUCCUCCUCUGCGCUGCUAUCGUAUGGAAAAUGAGACUGAAAAAUAAUAGCUCAGAAUGUUUCUGAAGAAGAAGAAGAAGAAGAAGUUUCCUUUGAGGUAGAAAUGGAAGGAUUUAAAAGAGAGGGACUCUGCUUCCCCAUUUUAGGUGACAAUUGGGACUGUGAGAACCAGGAAAGAAAUAUGAGGCAGUCUUCUUUAACUGAUGAGAAAACAGGGGUUCAGGAAACAAACUGUGAUGAUCUUGGUGUGGGGGAGCAUUUGAGUACAAAUCCAGCCCUUCUAGAAUCUCAGAGAGUUCCUACAACAAAUGGCUUUCAUGUUCAUAACUCAGAUAUUAAAACUUUUGAUUGUGAUCAAACCUUACAUAGUUGUCCCCAGAGUUAUACAGCUAAGGAAACUGGUGAUGGUAAUGCUUGUGAAAAAGCCAUCCAUCCUUCCGUGGAAGUCACUCAACUUGCAAGAAACCAAAUGAAAGACAAACCCUAUAAAUACACAGAAAGUAUUAAAUCUCUAAACCACUUUACUACUCCCCUUUGUGACAAAAAAAUUAAGAAAAGAAGCAAAAAAUUUUACAAAGGUAAGGACUUUGGGGACAUUCUGGCCCUGAACUCAUCUCUUAAUGAAAAAAGAAGUCAUUCCAUUGAGAAGCCCUUUAAAUGCACUGAAUGUGGCAAGUGCUUCAAACGGAACUCUUCUCUUGUUUUACACCAUCGAACUCACACUGGUGAGAAACCUUACACCUGUGAUGAUUGUGGAAAAUCAUUCUCCAAGAACUACAACUUGAUUGUACAUAGAAGGAUUCAUACAGGAGAGAAACCCUAUAAAUGCAAUAAAUGUGGGAAAGCUUUCAGUGACGGAUCAGCUCUGACACAACACCAGAGGAUUCACACAGGUGAGAAGCCUUAUGCCUGUCUAGAAUGUGGAAAAACUUUCAACAGAAAUUCAUCCCUGAUUUUGCAUCAAAGAACUCAUACAGGGGAAAAGCCGUAUAGGUGUAAUGAAUGUGGGAAACCCUUCACUGACAUCUCUCACCUUACUGUACAUCUACGAAUCCACACCGGCGAGAAGCCUUAUGAGUGUAGCAGAUGUGGAAAGGCUUUCCGAGAUGGCUCAUACCUCACUCAGCACGAGAGGACACACACUGGAGAGAAGCCUUUUGAAUGUGUAGAGUGUGGGAAAUCCUUCAAUCGCAAUUCUCACCUCAUUGUGCAUCAGAAAAUUCAUUCUGGGGAGAAACCCUAUGAAUGUAAAGAGUGUGGGAAAACGUUCAUUGAGAGUGCGUACCUCAUCAGGCACCAGAGAAUUCACACUGGUGAGAAGCCCUAUGGUUGUAACCAGUGUCGUAAACUCUUCAGGAAUAUUGCUGGACUUAUCCGGCACCAGAGGAUUCAUACUGGUGAAAGGCCUUAUGAGUGUAAUCAGUGUGGUAAAGCUUUUAGGGAUAGUUCUUGUCUGACCAAGCACCAGAGGAUUCACACUAAGGAGACUCCAUACCAGUGUCUGAAGUGUGGAAAGUCCUUCAGGCAGAACACUCACUUGGUAGUACACCAGCGACUCCAUAACAGGGAGGGUCCCAGCCAGUGUCCUCAAUGUGGGAAAAUAUUUAGAAGGAGCUGGUGUCUUGUCCGACAUCAGAGAACACACCUUGAAGAACAGCCCGUGGAAGCAUAAUUAAUGUUGGCCAAACUUUUCUUGAAUGAACAGAGGAGAGGUGUCUUCAGAUAUGACUUCCCUUGUUAACAGAAAAGAAUUUGAGUAUGAAAUAUCCUAUAAUCCCAUUAAUUCUGUUAUUGGGGAAACUCCUGAAGAGAGGGUUGAUUGGUAAUCAGUGUAGAAAGGCUUGAGGGAUGAUUCAGCCUUACCAGACUUGUAGUGCAGACACUGAAAUAGAGCACCUGGAAGUGAGGAUGGUAUUUCCCUAAGAACCUGUGAAUGCAUUCAGUACAUAAUCAAUAGGAGGCAUUCUUAAUAGUGAGUAUCAUCUUACUGUAUAUAGGCUAGUGCUUAGUAGACGCCAAGCUUGUAAGUGUAAUUGGGAAGAACUCUUUCGUCAGGAGUUUUUACUGUCUUUCCCGUUUCAGCAAAGGCAUAGUGGUGAGAGAUCUCACACACGCCCCAUGACAGCCACAGUUUUAGUUGAAUUUGCUGUUCAAAUGCACUUGUGUUUCAUAGUGCUGCCAGAACACUGAGGACUCAUUUAGUGAGCUGAAACUGGACGUAGGAGUUGUUUGUGAUUGAAAUGAAGUUUUCCCUUUUAAGACUAACGUGCUCUCCAUGAUGGAAAGGGCUGCUUCUAAGAAAUAGUAUCCAUUGCUUUAGUUGUUGAACAAGCAAACAUUGAGUUGUAUUUCAGUUAUCUCUUGCCUUCACCAUUGACGAUCAUUUAGGACACUAAUUUGUUCAGAGUUAAGGUCAUUUGAAGCGAAAUCUAAAGGUUUUCUUGCAAUACUAAAAAUGCUUAAAUCAUUACAAAAGAAGGCAUAAAAUAGAUUUAUUAUCAUUACAGUCAUGUUAAGAGUAUUCAUAUUAGGUUAGCAGUGGGUGAUGGAAAAAAUUUAAUGGCUUUCUUAGGAGACUACAUUUAUAUAAUUUUCCUUGUUAUACAUUUUUAUAUAACUGAUAGUGUAUAUAAAAGUGAAGCUAAAAGGAAAGAUAUUUGGUAUUUUUCAUGGACCUUUGCCAGUGAAUAGAGGCCAAAGAUAUUGUUAGACAUUAUAAAGGCUAGAUCAUAGUGACAGGAAGCUGUAAGCAUCUACAGGUGUAUAUAGACAGAACUUUCUCUGAAAUCAGCGUAUCCUGAGCUUAGGAUCAUUUCUUCUGGACCUUGUAUUAUGAAGAUUACGGCAUUGUGGAGGAAGAGGUUUAUCAGUUUGAGGAUAGGGAGGAGAAAGUUAAAGAAAAAUCUGGAAUAAUCCUAGCAUGUCCUUUCUCAGUUCACUGCUGGCUAAAUGAAAGCUAGACAAUUUGUUUGAUGGUUUCAAAGUCCUGUGAGCUGAUCUGGUAAUAUUGACUUGAUCCUGUAUUUUCUGGUUCUUAGGGAGGGAGACUCAUAAGUCUAUUUUGAGAUGAUUAAAGCUGUUGAGUAGAUUGAUAAGGAAGUCAGACAUCUCUGUAUGGAUGCCCUUCUUUGACAGGAAAAACAAUCACACGAUGGAGAUGGAGAGGUAGUGGUUAAGAGCACUUGUUAUGCUUGCAGAGGACCAUGGUUUGGUUUCUUGCACCCACAUGGUGGAAAAGCUAUUGGUGCCUAGUAGAUAGAGGCCAAAGAUACUGUCAGACUCUUACAAAGAUAACCCUUGGAACAGUUAAUUCAUCUCAGAAUAUUAAGAGUGCUGAGAUUGAGUUAUAUAUAUUUCUUUUGUAUACUUUUCAACCUCAUCAUUUGAAAAAUUGGUCUCAUGUUCCCAUGAGAGAUACAGUCAUGUAUAACUUACAGAUUGUCUCUAUAUAGUGGUUCUCAUCCUUCCUACUGCUGAGACUCUUUAAUGCAGUUCCUCUUGUUGUGGUGACUCCCAAUCAUAAAAUUAUUUUCAUUACUACUUCAUAGUUACUUCAUAACUAUAAUUUUGUUACUGUUAUGAAUUGUAAUGUAAACAUCUGUUUUCCAGUGGUCUUAGGUAACCCCUCGGCUGUUUAACCCCCAGGGGUCAUGACAUACAGGUUGAGAACUGCUGCCAUAUAGGGUGAGAUGUCUCAGUAAGACAUGAAAACUAGUGGACUCACUCAAGGACUGGACACUUGCUGUCUGUUACUCUCAAGUAAAACAUGAAUGUACCACAGUGUUAAUGUUAGCAGUGUCCUUGCUUUUUGAGUCUGCAUUCUAGAUUCUGGAAUAGGAAAUUAGCACCAGACCAGCGGAUGGUCUGAGGGCACGCACCCCAAGGAGGAGGUGUCAGCUAUGAAAUUGGAGUGAGUCCACAUGGGGUUUGUGUGAUGUGUGAAUGGUUUCCCCUUGUUCUUUUCUAAAAUAAUUGGUCUCAAAUGACCAGAAUAAUAAUUGUAAUGAAAAUAACUACUCUAUAGAAGAUGGAUACUUCUGACUAAAGACGGAAAGGUGAGAUUUGAAUUGGGAGAGUUCCAGAUGACUUCUAGUGCAGCCUGGGUGAUUGUUGAUGUUAGGCCUGAGUGGCUGGGGAGCAGGACAGAGAGGAGACUGUCCUCGAACUCUGACUGCUCUUUGGACUGGAAGGGGAGGGGGAGGGGGAGAGGGAGGGAAAUGGGAGGAGGGGAGGAGGUGAAAAUUUGUAAUAAUAAUAAAAGGAAAAAAAAAAGUCCCAUUUAAUCACCCAGGCCCUUAAUAGGCAGAGAACGUUGGCUGGAAUCAGAUGUAGAAAGUGAAGGUAGAGUAUUUCAAAGAAUGAACAUUUACUUUACUUUUUCUGUCUUUGAAGAGCUUUUAAUUUACCCGUUUCUGGCUUUAAUGCUGGAAUGUCCACAAUGUAGGUAGCUUUUGGAAGCCAGAGAGGCAAGAAAAUGGAUUCUCCCCUAGAAGGACCUAUUCCUGUUCUUCCUGUUCUUAUUAGUCUAGUGUAAGUGAAUUGAUUCCAGUCUUUUUUUAUUUAUUUAUUUAUUAUGUAUACAAUAUUCUGUCUGUGUGUAUUCCUGCAGGCCAGAAGAGGGCACCAGACCCCUUUACAGAUGGUUGUGAGCCACCAUGUGGUUGCUGGGAAUUGAACUCAGGACCUUUGGAAGAGCAGGCAAUGCUCUCAACCUCUGAGCCAUCUCUCCAGCCCCCUGAUUCCAGUCUUAAACGGAGAGAACUGCUGUGUGGUUUUAAGCCACAGUGUUUGUGAUCAUUUAUUGUAUUAUCUAUAGGUGGUGUCCCUCACAUGUUCUUUUAGACGCCUGACAGAAGUGUUUUGUGUGUGUUCUCUUAGCCAGCAAGUUAAUAAACCAACCCCUUCCACUCCAUAUCCACAAAAAAAGUUUAAUAAGGAAAAAAGAAUUCUGUUGGCUCUGGCUUCUGUCCUUUCACCAUUUUAACAGCCCUGAUUUUUAGUACUGGUUUAGAGAAUUAAAUCCUGUGAGGUGUGACGGCACACACCUUUAAUCCUAGCACUUGGGAAGCAGAGACUAGCAGAUCUCUUGUGAAUUAGAGGUCAGCCUUGUCUACCUAGUGAAUUCCAGGACAGCCAAGCUACAAGUGAGACCCUGCCUGAAACAACAAAAAUCAAUAAUAAAUUAAAAAUAAUAAAUUAAAAAAUUAAUAAAUCCUGUGAAUGAGUAGAAAAGAUAAAGAGUAGAUUUCCCUUAAGUUUACUCCCCCCCACCCCCACUGACUUGGGUGGCCAAGAAGGUACAUUUCAGCACCCCAAAGCUUGUCUACAGUCUAAGAAUGCAAUGUCCACAGCUGAUUUUGGGAGCAUUUAUAAUUAUGGCCACUGUCUUAGUAGUUUCCAUUAACCCACAUUAUUUUGAUGCUAAAGUUAUCAGUGCUCAAGUGUGGCUGCAGAUUGUUCAUUAGACUGGCCCAACUUCAUGUCUCUUAGUUCAGCAGCUGCGUAGAGUACCUGCAGUACAGUCAGAGUUGCUACUCUAGCUGAAAGCUGAACGAGGUGUUUACAAUUGAGCAGGGGAGGAAAACAGGUUUGUAUCAUGUGUCAGAUGGUGGUUGAUGCCUGGGAGGACAAUAAAGCUGAGAAAGGGGAUGGGAUGUAUGUGUUGUAUAGAAGUGAUUACAGUUUUGAAAACAGGUCACUGAGAUGAUUCCUAAUGACCUAUCAAAUAUGAGGGAAGGAGCCAGUAGUUACUUAGGGAAGAAAUAUUCUUCCAGAGGCAAGAACAUACUGUAUUUGAGGAAUAGCCAGGAGACCAUUGUGAUUAGAAUGGAUGAUGUGAAAUGGGGCCAGGGAUGUAAUAGAGAGCCAUUAAUUAAAAUACUGUUGCCAGGCCAAAAAAAAAAAAAAAAAAGAUUUUGAAAACAACUAUGAUAAUCUGUAUAAUUGUUGAAGGUACUCUCCCCAAGGAUGUAUUGCACAUCUCCAGCCCUGUGAAUUUAGGCUUGAUCAUUCACUUCCUUUCACAAUGAAAGGCAAUUGCAUGUGUGUUAUGCAACAAGAGGUUAGGAUUUGGGGGAAGAAACCUUCCAUCAUGUCAGCUACAGGUGGGAGCCGUUAAGCCGUAAGUGAAUUUCUUUAUGAGCAGUAUUUAAAGAAGAGGGUUUAUUGUAGAGGCAGGUGUAGAGAACAAAACUUUGCAAAAAAAAAAUUUCAUUUGCAAGAAAACAUCUGAAAAUAAAUGUUUUCAGAAUUAUGAACAAUCAAGCAGAAGAAAGUAACUCAUAUAUAAGUAUAUGCCUGUACCUAGGCUUGAUAACCACAGACAUUCAGCAUUAAUGGUCAUUUUUCAUAAACUAAUAUUCAAGCUUUAAAAAUUAAGUGUUCUGUUCAGUUGCUCUUAGUAUUCUCUCUUAAGGUUGUUAAAUCACCUCCAUUCUGUAAUUUCAGUACAUUUUUCAUUAACCACAGGAAAGACUUUUGUACCUGUUAGCAUUUUUCUACUCCAAGACCCUGGCAACCACUGAUCUAUUUUCUGUGUGUAUUUGGAAUUCUAUACAUUGCAUGUCCAUAGAAAAAUAAAACAUAUGGCCCUUUGUCACUAAUUGAUUUCACUUAGCAUAUAUUUUCAAGGUCAUGUUGUACUAGAAAUCCUUUUUGUGGCUGAAAAAAUUUCACCAUAUGAUUAAAACCAUAUUUUGUUUAUUGAUUGAUGGACAUUUCAGCUUGUACUUUUUGACUAUUAAGAAUGUUGCUUUGAACAAAUAUACAAACUCAUGUGCCAAUACGUUUUCAGUACUUUUGGGUAGAAUCUUAGUGGAAUUGCUUGGUCUUUGCCUUUUGAGGAACUGAUGUUAAUAUCACUUGAACUAUUUUAUGUUUCUACCAGUGAUGUAUGACUGCUCUGACUUCUUACCAUGUCCUUACCAAAUUUAUUAUUUUUUGUUCUAAUGGUGUGAAGUGUUAUCUUGUGAUUCGGGAAUUUUUUUUUAUAGUUAAAAUCGAUACCUUAUCCCACAGGUCAGCAUUUUUUCCUGCAAGGGCAACAGUGUUUUUUUAAACUGUACUGCACUACUCAACCACAUGUGACUGCAAUGUGCAAGUAGCUAUUAAUGAUUUGUAAGCAUACCAGUGUGGAUGUGUCCAAUAAAAUUUUACUUAUGGACUCUGAAA